GAUUAAUUGAUAGGGAAUAACAAAAAACUUCAGUUAUAAAUACAAUUUGUAGCUUGACAGUUGCCGGAAAAGAUAAUUUCCAUUGUUAUUAAUCAAAAUCUGAACUAAACAGUAGAACAUGGAUUUAGGAGAUCUGAUGCAACUUCUUGAUGACACGUCAAAUACUACUAUAAGACAACGACAAGUUUUUUUUAAAACUGUAAAAAAAAAGAAAGAAACUUUCGAUGAUUAUCUAACAAAUUUACAAAAUUUAGCUUCAGUCUGUGCUUUUUCUGAAAAAAAUAAUAUGAUUAGAGAUGUUAUUAUAUUGGGCAUACAAGACAAGAAAUUUCGUAAUGAAUUACUGUCUAAACCCAAUCUUACUCUGGAUAAAGUAAUAAGUGAAUGUCGUUUAAAAGAAGCAGAAGACAUUAAACUUGAAGAGAAAUUAAAAGCUAAAAAACUUCUUUUGGAAGCUAAAAAAAAGGAGAAAGAUAAUGUCAAAGAAUUUCAGGCGACUUUAAAUGAACUAAAACAGUGUUUAAAUCAAACAAGUGAAAGAAUAAAAGGUGCACCAAAGCCCGAAAAUCAAAAUAUGACAAAAGAUCAAUUUAAAAAAGCAUUAGAGCAAGUUAAAAGUACUAGAGUAAAUAUGAUGGCAAGUGCACCAAAUAUAUUUGAAAAAAUUAAUAAUGAGCCAUCAACAAAAACUAAUAAAACUAGAGAAAAAGUAGAAGUUAUAAAUUGUCAAAAAUGUAAAACAACCCAUCCUAGAAAAUGUUGCCCUAAUUUUGUUUCAAAGCCUAAAUUCUGCAUUAAUUGCAAAGUUGUUGGUCAUCUAAAUAAUGAAUGUCCAAAUAAAACAAAGGGUGAUAAUUCAAAAAGGAAUGUCAAUCAACAAAAUUCAAGGCAUCAUCAAAAUACAAGGCACAAUAUAAGGGGAACUUCUGCUCGUGUAAUACCUGCUGGUUGGAACCCACCAAAUCAACAUGUAUGGCAGCCAAAAUCACCAUAUAGCGAUAUUCCACCACAUUCUGUACACGCAGGACAUGAUAGUGAUGGUGACACAAUCUAUGUAGGACGGUCUAAUUAUAAUGGCGAUUGGUUACCAGCUAAAGUAAUUCCUCGUAAGAAUACUGCUUACGUUUGUUGGGGUGGUCAAGAGAUCCCAGUUCACACUUAUGAUGUAUUAUGUGGAAUUGGAUAUUCUUGGCAGCCAGGUUUUGCUGGUACUGUUCCACCAGGUGCUGUUUCAGCUGGUGCUACAACAUCUGGUGAAAUGUUAUAUGUUGGUAGAGGACACUGGCAAGGAAGUUUAACACCGGGUAAAAUACAUCCAUCACAUCGUUGUUUAUAUAUACCGUAUGGUGGCCAAGAAGUUCGUUUAGAUAGCUAUGAAGUUCUUAUACGUGCUCCAGCUCUUACAUGGAUGCCAUCAUCUGGUAGUAUGUUACCAGCAAAUGCAAUACAUGCUGGACAUGAUUCAGAUGGUGAUCAAAUAUAUGUUGGUCGUGCAUAUCAUGAUGGUGAUCUAUUACCAGCAAAAGUAAUUUUCAAUAAAAAUUGUGCAUAUGUUUGUCAUGGCGGAAAUGAACAUGUAAAACAUCAAUUUGAAAUAUUAUGUGGUACAAGUUAUAGAUGGUUACCAGCAAGUAAUGGUCAUGUUCCACCAAAUUCCGUUGAAGGUGGACGUACAUCAAAUGGUGAACAAUUAUAUAUUGGCCGUGGUCAUCAUUGUGGUAGCUUAACACCAGGAAAAAUUCAUCCAUCACAUCAAUGCUUAUACAUUCCAUAUGGUGGUCAAGAAAUUAGAUUAUCAAGUUAUGAAGUUUUGACAAGAAUGUGAUAGUUAAGGAGGAAAGAAAAGAAGGGGAAAAAACAAAACUAAAAAUUAUUAAAUUAAUUUUGUUUUGGUGUUGCAAAUUUUUUUUUUGCUCUUUGUGUUUUAAUAAAUUUUAUUAAAUGUCAAA